AUGGUCAAUACUACUCCUAUCAAUAUCGAUAAAUGGUUGGAAGAAAAUCCAGAACUGUUAUCUCCACCUGUGUCCAACUAUUGCUUGCAUAUGGAUGGAUUCACCGUGAUGUUAAUCGGUGGUCCAAACGAUAGAACUGAUUUCCAUAUCAAUCCAACACCAGAAUGGUUCUAUCAAAAGAAAGGAACGAUGCAUCUGAAGAUUCGUGACCCUGACGACGAGCAAUUCAAGACCGUGGUCAUCAAUGAAAACGACUCUUAUCUGUUACCUGCAAACGUCCCUCACGCACCAAUUAGGUUUAAGGAUACCAUAGGUAUUGUAGUCGAGUUGGAAAAUCGUGGUGGGGACCGUGAGGAUUCAAUGUUGUGGUAUUGCAAGAAUUGUAACGAAACUGUCUAUAAGAAGUCCUUUAUAAUGAAGGAUUUGGGCACUCAAGUUAAAGAACAAAUCGAAUUGUUUAGAAAUGAUCCAACUUUAAGAACUUGCGGUAAAUGCGGUACCAUUAACUAG